AUGGCCGGGGGUGUCUCGAGCACCAUGCUUGAAGAUCUACCUAUCCUAUUCAUUGACUUUAAUCAGGAUUUUACGACACUUUGUAUUGGAACACGAUCUGGUUACAGUUUGCUAUCGACAGACAACCAUGAGAUCCUAGAGACGUAUAGUGUUAAUGGUGAGUCUAUGUGUCUCGUUAGCCGCCUCUUUACCAGUAACUUGGUCGUUCUUGUGUCUCUCCGCGAUACGCGCAAACUGCUGAUUUUCCACUCGCGUCGUGAUUCCCUUAUCUGUGAUUACCGUUAUACAAACACCAUCCUUUCCGUAAAAAUGAAUCGCCAGCGGUUGGUAGUUUGUCUGGAGAAUGAGAUCUUCAUCCACAACAUCAGAGACAUGUCGGUGCUGCAUCGGAUAGAGGACACGCCGUCAAACCGAAACGGCGUUAUCGCAUUCUCCACCUGUCCGGACAAAUGCCUCCUCGCCUAUCCUGGGUCUAGCCGAGUGGGCACAGUCUACAUCUUCGAUGCGUUAACGUUCACGAAGGUUCUGCUUUUUAAUCUCUCGGUUAACAUUCACGUGACAUCCGUGUGCGAGAUUGGCGGCAUUCCUGUGACAGGUUUGGAUUUUUUUGGUCGGGAGAAGUCGGAACGAAAAUUCGUUGCUCGAUAG